CUCGGUACCUUCACUGCGCCAACUGCAAUUCCGCACCCCUCUCAAAUGACAUCCAACGGGGAUUCUGCGCCCGAACUAGACGCGGCCAUGAACAGCCGCAAAGCCCUCGUCGACUUCUUCUCCCGGAGCCUGACGGCGUUUCAAUCCUCCAAGGAUGCGUUUCGCGUCGUUUGCACACUUCCUCCCCGAGGAACCGCCGGAGAGGCUAGCACAACGACACCGGCACCGGCGCCGCGGAGGCCGGAUGGGAAUGUGGAGAAUACAAGGCCGGCAAAGAGCCUUGUGGUGUUGGAUUCCUCGUUUAACCCGCCUACGCUCGCACAUUUACGCAUGGCGGCGUCUGCGGUGAGAGAUUUGCAAAAGGGGAGGGGUAAGACUACUACUACGACGACGAGGGGCGAUGGAGCGGGAGAAUCGUCAUCAGGUGCGGCUGGGGAGCCGGGUCAGGGAGGAGCUGUGAGGUUGUUGCUUCUCCUUGCUGUGAAUAACGCGGAUAAGAAGCCUAAGCCUGCGGCGUUUGAGGUUAGGUUGGGGAUGAUGUAUGCGUUUGCUGAGGAUUUGAGGGAUGAGGUGCGAAAGAGGGGGGGAGAGGGGGCCGAGGAGGAGCAGCGGCGGCAGCAGCAGCAGGAGGAUAUUGAGGUCGACUUGGGGUUGACGACGAUGCCGUAUUUCCACGAUAAGAGCCAGGCUAUCUCGGACACGGGGUUUUAUGCGCGAGGGGAUGGAGGAGGGGAGCCGGAGCAGGUGUAUUUGGCGGGGUAUGAUACGCUUAUCCGGAUUUUUAACCCAAAGUACUAUAAUGCCUCUUCUUCUUCUUCGUCACCGGGAGGGACAGCAGCGGAGGAGGCGGAAGCGCCGAUUCGAAGGGCGCUGGAUCCGUUUCUGGGCAGGUCUAGGUUGCGCAUCACGAUGAGGACGGAUGAUGAAUGGGGUGGCGAGGGGGAGCAGGCUGCGUAUCUGAAGGGUUUGAGGGAUGGUGGGCUGGAGGAUGUUGGUGGAAGGGGGACGUGGGCUGAGAGGGUUGAGAUGGUUAGGGGGAGGGAUGAGGGGGAGGAGGUUGUUAGCAGUACCAAGGUGCGUGAGGCUGCUUCUAAGAGGGAUGAGGAGAUGUUGGGUAGGUUGGUAAGUGCGAGGGUGAAGGGGUGGGUGCUUGGGGAGGGGUUGUAUUGUGAGUGA